AUGGAGCUCAGUACUGCGUUUGAGAAGUUUGUGAGCGAACUUCCAUUUUAUUUCCAAGUCCAGUUUGUGAAUGGAAAAGUUAUAAUGAAUGAACAAUGUGACGAACACUUUAAGUUUUUGAAAUUGCAACGUUUCCAUUUAUGGGUCGACAUUCUGUUUUACACACUUUCACUUCACUGCCCUCUUCUGCUUUGCAUGGUAGAAAAAGGUACCAAGGUGUCAAAAUAUGUAUCAUCUUAUGAUAUUUGCUUGCGGACGGUCAAAUUUAGUUUGGCUAUGCGACAAAAGCUGCUUCAUGAUGACUCGAAUCUCGUGGGUCCAGCCACGACACGUGAUAUGAUUGCCUCCUUCCGAUGGUUUAACACGGUGGUUGUAGCAGGGCUACUCUUGGUGAUCAGUCCUAAAGGACCUGAUGCAGCUCUGCUUCGCUCAUACCUCCAUGAAUUUAUUGAACGUCGUGAAAAGCAGCGUGGCCAAGGCCGUGAUGCCAUGCUGGAAAAAGACAUAUCUAUAAUUCGAUCUUUCCUGCUCCAGGCGGACGAAAAAGCGGCCACUGAGUCAGAGAAGUCCGAUAUUGCUUCUUCGGUCUCCAGUGAGAGCAACAGUCGCAAUGUUUCCGAAAUUCUCCACACGGCCCUGCCGUUGGAGUCGGCUGUGCCCCCUGUCUCUGGGUCUUCUACUACUACCGGCAUGGAGAGCGUCUCAGGUGGUAGUCCUUGGUGUACUGGAGAAACUGGUGCUGCUAUGAACUCCAAUGUUUUGGCGUCCAAUCCCUAUCCAUGGUCCUUUUUGAGUCAAGGUGUUCUGGACCCAUCUAUGACUGGCAUCUCGUCGGAAAUGGAUACGACCGUGUCUCCCCUUUCCGUGUCGAACAAUCCAGUAUCGCCUACGUCUAUGCCGCCCUAUGUCACGUCGCUUAAUUUAGGAUCUAUGUAUCGCAUUCCUACUACGCACAGCACGGAUGGCCUAUCUCAACAGACUUUGAUGCCUAUUUGGCCUAUGAAUGCAGGCUAUAUGCCUAACGCAUCACAAGCAUUCGAAGUGGAUUUUGCGCAUCAAAACCAAGACACGCAAGAACUGUUGAACCUAUGGUAA